AUGGGUGCUAAAAAGUCCAAGAAAAAGGCCAAGAGAUCACGGCCAGCCACCUCCAGAGAGACGUUGGAUCCUCUUGAAUCAGCCACUUCAUCACCGACUCUGGUCAAUGAUAUCAGUCAGAGCGACUCCGCAACUCCCACCCCGGAUCUGGAGCCUACGCCCGAGCCGGAUGGGGUAGUACAGAAAGAGGUGGUCAAGAGCGACAAGGAGAACAGUGAGGUGAAGGAGGAGGAAAAGGAGGAGGAAAAGAAGGAGGAAAAGAAGGACACGAUACAACCCAAAUCACCCGCACGGCCGUCUGUUGUGCGAGAAACUUCAUUUGCACGGUUCACAACACUGCCUGAACGGCCCAACGUCCCCGCCACCAGCUACGAUUAUGGCGAUAUGGACAACGACAUGGACAACGACAUGGACAACGGCAUGGGCAACGGCAUGGACAACGACAUGAGUUCUGUGCCGAUUGCGUCCUUUGAGCCAAUGGAGCCGGAGGUAGAGGAAAUGGAACCACAGAUGGACAGCAUGGAUACGGAGGAGUUUGGAGAGAUGCAAUCUGCAGACCACGAGGUUGAGCAGAUGCAGCCGGUGGAGGAGUCGGCCGAAAAGAUUGUGGAGGAGCCUGUGGGAGAGGUUGAAAUGGAGAAGAGGAAUGUCGAGCUUAUGGUCAGGGAACAAGUCGAGGAAUUCACGGUCGAAGAAGAGGUCGCUGCCAUUGAAGAACCGGAACCCACGAUUGAACAGGCCAAUGAGGAGUUCGCUGCUUCGCCUCAGCUGAACGGGCAUGACACAGAACCCGCCAUCAACCAUGUGUGCACGCCGGCAGAUCCAGUUGCGCCAGACAACACUUCUCUGACCAUGGUGGCUCCGGAACCUGAAUCAUACGAAUCAAAUGUACACCAGUUUUCCGACUACACACGCACGUCGCCCACCGAAGAAGAUAUCGAAAAACUCAACGCUGAUUUGGAUACUACGGUUCCGUCCUUCUUCAAAAAACGCAAUUCCUCCACGUCUUCUAGGACCUCUAUUCCAAUUGUUGAAGUGGAGAAGGCAGAGGAGGCUGUGGAAGAACACGAGCAGGAAGAGGAUCAAGGAGACUCGAAACAAAAUGAUCCUCUGUCUCCAACAUUGGAGCUGGCUCUGUCUCCUGUUUCGACGCCUCUAAGAACCCCGUCACCUACGAAAUCGCCUCGUGCAGCAGGUUUGUCUCCUGUCAGAACCCCCCUGCACCUCUCGGCAGUCACACGAAGCAUGUCUCCCAGUUCUUCCAACAUGGAGAUUCGUCCAUUCGAAAAGCGAUUCGAAACCCGAAUUUCUUCGCUGUUGAAACGAUCUGGACACAGCAGAAGUGGAUCUGAGCUUACUAGUCGAGGCUCCCCUAAUGCAUAUGCUAGCCCUCGGCACUUGACGUCUCUGGAAGACUCGCUAGCUACAGAUUCCAUGUCGUGGACCAAAUUGCAUAACAUUUCGAACCAAAUCUACUCCGAGGCUGGCCAAUUGGAGUAUGGUGAACCCAGUGCCCUUCUGGUGACCAACACCAUCUGUGUGGGUACCAAAAACGGAGUGACACUCGUGUUCGACUACCAACAGAACAUGAAAAAGGCCCUGGUGUUCAUCAACAGUCCUGUCACAUGCCUGGCCGUGUCUUCCGAUGCCACAUUUUUAGCUGUGGGCCAUGAAUCGGGUCAUGUGAUCACAUGGGACCUGAACAUUCUCAAGCAUGACCUUGUGAUUGCUCCCCAGACCAAGAAUGCUGCUGUUCUGAGCAUUGCGUUUGUUGGUAAGCGUCAUUCGUGUAUCGUUUCUGGAAGCGCGGCUGGUAAAACCUAUUUACAUGAUGGAUACACCAGUAUAACUGGUCGAAAGACCCGUUCGGCGUGUAUUAUGGGUCAAUCGACCCCAACUUCUCUGGGAAACAAGCCGACCACCAUAUUUGCCUGUUCUUCCUUACCACUAGGCUCUGUUUCCUCCGUUACCGAUGAACUUGGUUUGGUGGCUAUUAUGACCCCCCAUAUCCUGGCAAUCAUCUCCACCACACCCACUGUCAUGACUCAGUUUAAGAUUGGUCGACCCAAAAAUACCAAUCCCACUCUCGGUUUCAUUGGCACUCUGGCGUGGUAUCCUGCUGUUCGGAGCAGUACUUCCGUUGUGGGUUCGGACAAGCCUAUUCUGGCGUACUCGUGGGCCAACGUUGUGACUAUUCUGGAGAUUCAGAGCGGUGCCUCUUCUGGGUUCGGAAAGAAGCUCAAGUUCACCAGCAUUGCUCGUCACACGACCUCCGAGAGUAUUGUUUCCAUUCAGUGGAUCAACCGGCAGGUUCUGGGUCUAAUUACAGCUACCCAAUCCUUGUUGAUCAUGUCUUUCAGCCAUGGAGACUUGCAUUUGAGUGCCUCUGUUGACCUUCUAAGCAAACAUGUGCUCAAGUUUGAUCGGUAUUCCAAUUCUCUUGGACAGUUGCGUAUUGCUCGAAGUGGCAGCAACAAGGAACACGACGACGACGACAAUAGCGUUCCUGUGGUUCCUCUGGACUCCUAUUCUUCUACUGUUUGCACUUUCAAGGGUCGAAUCUUUCUUCUUGGGUGUUAUGAGCUCGUAGUUGGAUACACCCUUUCGUGGUACGACAAGGUGGAGAUUCUGGUCAAGCAGGAGCAGUAUCUGAAUGCUGUCAAGUUGGCUUUGACGUACUAUGACAGUGAUUCUGGAGAUGGUGUUGUGGUAGGUUUGCCCGUUGACGACACUCUCCGAAGAGCAGUAGUCAAGCCUGCUAUUCUGGAGGUGAUUCAGAAGAUUCUUCCACGGGCUCUUCGAGCGGAGACCAGUCUUGACUUGGCAGAGCUGACAUCUAUUUGUGUCGAUGCCCUGAUAAAUCUCGAUGACACGUCAAUUGAUAGCACUAUCUACGACAUGUACGAGGACUCUGACCACCUGCCGUUGUAUCUGGACACUAUCGCGACGGCUGUGUUUGAUCUCCGGCUUCGGUCUGUGUCACCGCGUGUCUUCAAGGGUCUUAUUUCGACGUACUCCGUGUCAGAAGACACUACCGACAAGAUGGAAGAGAUCAUUUGCACAUUAGACCCUGCCACCUUGGACGUUGAUACCACUCUGGGCCUGUGCAAGAAAUAUGGUCUGUUGGAUGCGUCCAUUUACAUUUGGAAUGUCGCUCUCAAUGACUACAUUUCUCCGCUGUCUGAGUUCUUCCAGGCCAUUGCUUCUGGAGAUGAGAAUGGUAUCGCCAACAGAGCGUACUCUUAUCUAUCCUAUAUUUUCUCUGGUCGAAUCUACCCCACUGGAUUGAAGAUGGCUACUUCUCAGAAGGAGAUUGAGGCCAAAAGUUCGUUGUAUUACGUUCUGUUGAUUGGCAACUUCAUUGUGUGGCCCAAGAUCAAUGGACGGAAGAUCCCCUCGUUGGUUUCCACCGAUGACUACCCUUAUCUGAAAUCGUUGAUCACCUUCAACCCUGCUUCUUUCUACGUGGCUUUAGAUGAGGCGUUCGAAGACCAUUUCCUGAACGACAACGUUGAGCAUGCCGAGACUCCAAUUGAUGAGCACUUCUUUCAGCAGGGAGGAGCCAGUUUGACCGGUGGGACAAGUGCUCAGUUUUCUGAGGAGGUGUCUUUUGGACGUCACAUUAACCGUCAGAUGAUUGUUGAUGUUCUUCUUCAGAUUGCCCCCGAGCUAUCCCCUGAAUGUCAUGUGUACACCCUCAUUUUCAUCGCGAGAAACUAUCCCAAGUACUCCCAGUUCAUUAUGCUUGGAGAAGGUAUUCUUAAGUCCAUUCUGGAACACUUAUGUGUUGGAGCACCUCAAGAACUUCGGCAGGAGUGUGAACUUGCCGCUGAAGUGUUGAUUUCCAAGUUCAGGCCGUUCGAUCUUCAGUGGACUAUUUCUCUUCUGUCUGAAGCCGGUUACAAUGGUGCUUUGUCUUACAUUUAUCGCACCGAGAGACUAUUCCCCAAGCUAGUUGACCACUCUUUUGCUACCGAGCUGUUCGACGAUAUCUUUGAAGUGGUUGAGAAGUCGUUUGAAGAGACGAAUGGUAGCAGUGCCAAGGCUGCAAAGGAACGGUCCAAGAUUGAGGAGUCAGUCAAGACCAACUUUGAGCAGCUUAUCCGGCUUAGUCCGAGUCGAACUGUCUCUUUGGUGUCGGAGUGGUGUCCUCGAUUGCAUUCUGUUAUCCUUGAUAGUGGAAUUGAGUCUGAUCAGCAGCUCCUCUACCUCAAGUCUUACUUCCACAGUCUCAGAAUGUCUGGAAGCGAGUCCCCCAAGUCACCUUUUUGGGUCCUUUACAUUACAUUGCUUGCUCGAUCGAAGGAGGGCGUUUUGGAUCAACUUGAGACGGAGCUUUCAGCUCUGGACUUUGACAACUGCGUCAUCGAGAGUGUUUCAUCGUUGCUAAAAGCCACCAAUAACACUGAGUCACUGGUCAUUCUGCUGCAGAAGAAGAAGCGAUACGAUGAGGCCCUGGAUCAUCUGUUGAAAGUAAUCAACGGAGCAGAAGACGGUGGGGAUCACGUGAACCAUCUUAUUGAGGUCGGUGCACGAGUUUGUGACAAGGAUGAAACUCUGUGGAACAAGCUUCUGUCUGGCUUGAAAUCUGAAGAAGCCAUUUCUCAGGGUUUUAAGCAGCUGUCGACUGAUCUUGUUUCGUACAGACUGGUUCACAAGAUCCUGCUUCACCAGAAGCACACUUCUGCCCGGGUAGUCAAGUCUGUUGUUCUGGGAGUGACUGACAACUACAAGUUCAAAAUCCGCUUCCUUCAACUCACCAAGGAGAUUCUAGAUGCCAACACGUAUGCUCUGAUGAUGAAGGAUUUGGAGAAGCAGCGGUUGAGAGGCUGGAAGGUAGGAUCGGCUAGCUGUGACGCUUGUGGCAAACCCAUCUACGGAAAGGGCGUCGAUGGCGUGACGUUGUACAAAGCAUGGCAACAGGCCAAGAUCCGAGGCCGCGAAGGAAAAAUGGUGUUCAAAAACAAGGGCAAGGAGAGCUGCGAUGGUGAGCGAAUCGACGGCCAGCUGACCGACCGGGUGGUUGUCUUCAAGUGUGGCCACGUGUUCCAUCUGGGCUGCAUGAACAGGCUCGGUAUGGUUGACGAGAUUGGUUGUUUGAUUUGUGACGCUGAGGAAGAGGGCGAGUGA